AUGACCUUGUCACGGUAUCAGUACUUGAGCCUGAUCAGAUACCUGGAGGAAGGCGCUUGGGAAGCAACGCAGGAGAAGACACUCACCUUCAAGGGGGCCUCGAGAUUGAAAGAGACGUGGAACGAUUUCUACCGCCGGUCGUCGGCAUUUUUCGGCGUUCGUGAGGUCUGCGACUGCUACAGAGAGGAAGGCAAAGCACCGCACGUGGAGAAUCGAUAUUAUGUCAACGAGGAGAAGGACCUCCGUGUCUCUUUUAUAGGCUGGUUCGGGAAUCAUCCACCGCGAGGGCACGCCAUCCCCGCCUCGGCUCCGCUCACGCAGGACGCUCUUGGUUGCGCCCCGGGAGCCUGUCAGGGUCCCGUCAACUGGGAAGCGCCAGUCUCCUCCCUCCUCCAAGGCUCCUUCCUACGUGCCACGGUCCGCCCGACGCACCUCUUCCUCAACGCGGGCCUGUGGGGCCCGAUCAGCGGAGCCGUGCUCAGUGACGUGGUCGAGGCUGCCAAGAAUUUGUCCACUUCCGAGCACGUGGACGUGUUUUGGAAGACAACCACGAGUCGGAGUCUUUGACAGCGGACUUUUUACCAACAGCCUCCGGUCCUUCCUCCCUGCGUACAAGGAUGGCACCACUCACUAUGUCUCUUCUGUCUAUACGGGCUUGAACAUCCUUCUUUUGAAUGAAAUAUGCUGAGUACUUCAAAAUAAAUCGAGGUAGACAGUAUGCGACGUUAAGAGGGAGUCCAGCAAGACAGGGAAGCUAAGCUUAGUGAGAGCCAAAGGUCGAGGGGAAAUGC